AGUUCAGUUUUCAGUUGUUAAGGACAACUAUUAUGGCGGGCUGAGAUGUCGAACGGCAAUGUUUGCGGGCCGUUAUGCCCUCAUCCCUCCUGUUGGAAGGUCCAAAGGUCUUCUAAACCUCCAAAGACAGCAGAAAAUACAAGAGAAUCUGCUGAUUCCAGUUACGAGCCUCUUCCAACUCAGUCCGUAGUGAAUUUAUUUGAGAAUGUUCUUCCACCUAGUGAAAGGCGUAUAUUUUAUGAGCCAACGGAACGUCUGCCUACAAGAACGACAGGCAGUCGAAUUCCAGCCCCUCAGGCUACGCCAGCCGUCGGAGAUGACAUCACAUUGACAAGCCUUGAAACAAAACGUGCCAAUCAAAUUAUUGUCCAUGAAGUUUUUGAAUUAUCUGAUCUGCGGAGUAGUGUAGGCGAAACAUUUAUGCCAACUUCUUAUUUAGUCUGGCACCCUUCUAAGGAAAAACCUAAAAAGCCGAAAACUCGUAAAAUAAUACAAAAUCCGUUAGAUGUUCUUCCACCGGCUCCUCCUCCACAUACUGCUGCUAGUUCUCGUCAGCCAACUAGAGUAACAAGAUUUAGAAAGUCUCCCUCAGCUGGGUAUAGAGGUUUAGAUGAUCUACUGGAUUUGCCCAGAGAUAUUUUGCACCAAGUCGUUGGUAGUCUAUCUCCUAAUGAUUUAAGAGAUAGAAAACGUCUUACAUCAAAGUUAUUGACUCUGGUUCCCCAACUAGAACGACACAGUUCAGCAGUUGCUUUGGCAGCUAGUAGAGUUUUAACCCAACACAAGAUGAGAAUUGCUGAACUACAAACCUCUCUUUCUGAAACUUUCUCCCGCUCACAGACAAAACCAACUGUUAAAUUACAUAGAAGUGACAGUGCUGGAUCAUCUGAUCCAGAUAGAACAACAAUUCCAGUAGCUGAUGUAGCGAAGAUGUUACAUAAACAAAAAGACGUUGGACGUAUUGUUUUAGAUUCUAAUGUAUUGGAACUCGCUCCCAAAACUGAAAAAGAUGAAGUCCCAGAACGACAUAUAGUCCUAUUAAAAAAGACACCAGAUCUAGAUACGAAUACAGAAAGUUCCUUGCAUGUUUUCACUCCAGAGACUAUUGAGGCUGAAUCCACAGAAGAGGUAGAAUUAACGGCACGAGAAGAGUUAAUGGAAAAGAUACAAUGGGCUGGAGAGACGGCUAAAGUUGCCGACGAAGAUCCAUCACCAGUUCCGCCCCCUCCGUCUCCCAAUGCACUUCAAACAAGUGCACCUUCGACAGCCAAUAAUAACGCAGCCUAUAUUUUUGAUUCCGAUUCUGAGCAUUUUACGAUUAGUGCUCGCCCACCAACUGACUUAGACGACAUAUCAAGAUUACAGACGCCGAAAACCCCUUCAAAAAAGGAUUUGCCGGCGCCAUCUAAUGAUCAGUCAAUAUCUGUCAGUAACAUUAUGAAAAAUGCUGUUUUUGCCUUGAAUGUGCCUCUAGAUCAAGUUGACGUUAUUGCCGAGGAAGAUGAAGAAGGAUUAAAGAAUAGAUUUGCUCCUGUUUGA